AUGCCCAGCAAGGCCGCCCGCAGCCUGUAUAUGAUACGUCUCAUGGCGGCCAUUAUGCUAUCGGCCCAGGGUUUCGCGCCCGCCGAACUUUACACCGGCCCUUGGGCAAAUGUUCAUCAAGGCUUGACCGGCCAGUACAAGGACAUCUUGACAACCUAUUGGCAGCAGACCAUCAACCAUUUGGAAAGCGACAACCAUGACUACAAGCUGCAUCAACUGCCCCUGGCGCGCAUCAAGAAAGUUAUGAAGGCCGAUCCCGAAGUCAAAAUGAUAUCCGCCGAAGCACCCAUCCUCUUCGCAAAGGGCUGCGAUAUCUUCAUCACGGAACUCACGAUGCGGGCAUGGAUUCACGCCGAAGAGAACAAGCGGCGCACUUUACAGCGAUCUGACAUUGCGUCUGCCCUCGCCAAAUCGGACAUGUUUGAUUUUCUUAUUGACAUAGUUCCUCGCGAGGAGGCUUCUUCGCACGCAAAGAGAACAGCGGGACAGGCUGCUCCCACACCCCAAGGCGUCCCAGCCCAAGCAAACCCCCAAAUGCCAGGCCAGCAUGGCAUGCCACAGCCAGCGAACCAUUCUUCCUCCUCGCAUCCCAUGGCGGCAACUGAUUACGGUCUUGCUGGCCAUGCUCUUGGGCCCGAUCAGGAUUACCGCCAAAACCCCAACAUGUACCCUGGCCAAGUACAGCCAGGCCCCUCUGCCCCCUAUGGACAAGCUCAACAACCUAUGUACGGCGAGAUAGAGGGCAUGUACGGUUAUGGGACUAUGCAGCCACAGCAGCCUCCCAUGUCCAACGAGGAGUUCGAGUAG